UUUCCCGCGUGUUUCAGAAGUGCGGCGGUGGUGGCGGAAGCGGCGGGAAGAAGGCCCGCCUCGCGCUCGCCGACCAGGGAUGCGGAAUGAAGGGCCCUGACCGCGAGAGUUGCGGCUCCUAUAGCAACGCCUCUGAGAGAGAGGCGGCGCACGUGCCCUGCUUCUCCACCACCACUAUCUCCGCCGCCUCUACCGGCAUGGACCUCCACUUCCCACCGCCUCCUUCGGCGAUUCCUCCGACAGGCUUCCCAAGCCUCAGGUCGCUGCAGAAUAAGCUUUACCUGCCGGUCUUCUUCUCUGAUGCGACCGCGCCGGCGGCGUUGGAGGCGCCGCAGUCAGCAAUCGCGGAGACGGAAUUCGAUCGGGCGUCGCAGGCUGACGCGGCGGUGCGCGCCCACCCGAUGCCGGUAGGGUCCACUGAACUAGAUUGCAUUUGGAGUUUCUAAAGUCACCCUGUUACAAGUAGUUGCUACGAAAUCCAUUCCGCUUUGUA